UGACAAUGUUUCACUACCAUAUAACAGAGUGCUCACCACACAGGUCCGAUAGACUAGGGCUUUGGUUCUGGUAGUUAUCAAGUCAAUGUCUGACGAAACAAAUAUAAACUCUUGCAAUGAAAUGUCGUCAUGUUCAGCGCUAUCCCUGAGAUAUCAAGUCAUUGGCAAGAAAGAUAAACAUAGUAAGACGGAGAAAGUUUAAACCAAGAUGAAGUUAUUUUCAUUGACUGUUUCCGUACUAAUUGUGAGUCUCUCCGUCUGUGGACCAGCUGCCAUGUCUGGUAUUGUCUUGACACAGAAAGACACUAUGAAUUUGUUGAAUGAAAUAAUGAAACAGUUAGACCAGAAUGAAGAGAGACUCAUCAACAUAACGGAUAGUACAGUAGAAGCCCUAUAUAAACAAAGCAAAACUAUUCCAGUUGAAAUACAGAAAUUCUUUCAGAUAACCCAGUCUAUAAAAGACACAUUCCCCGCACAGGAGACGGCGCUGAACGAACUUGCAUCUCAUCUGGUCACUGCUAGUGAUUCUCUUACACAAGUGAUCAGCCAGUGUUCAAACAAGAAGAUUAUCCCCAACGCCAGCUCACGCAAGACGAAAAAGGCGAUCCCAGAAAAUUCCCCAGUAGUAAGAAGCUUCAGUCCAACGCUAAUCAAAAGACAGACUGGGCCCCAAGUCGCUGGCGGUGCCAGUAACAAUAAUGUAGACAGUGUUACAAGUGUGUUGAUAAGACCCGUUGAGAUCAACAAGACAGCAGUGGAUGCGGCUGUCUCCAGUGUUGGAAAAAGCAACUACUUUCUGGUUGGAGAAGCUGCCGACGUUGUUCUGAAGCUAGCCAUCGCCAUUGCAGAGAAGCACCGCACCCGCUACGUCAAUCUUCUGCCCAAAAUCAAACUGGUGGGCGGCAUCAUCGCAGACAUCCUGAACCGCAUGGAUGAACUGCAGAUCGAUGUCUCGCAGAUUUUGGAUAAAUCCGAAGCCGUGAGUAGCCAAGUUCGCCAUAACCUGACAGUCAUCCAAGGUCUGGCCCAGAGUAUCAGCAGCGUUCUCUAAAAAUUAAACUAAAAAGCUAUAAUCACUUCCAUUAUUACUUUUAAUUUUUUUUUAACAUUGAAUAAAUUUUAUUUUGAAUUUGCACCAUUGACUAGCAUCACUCAACCUGUGAGGCGCUAUUCCCAGAGACGCUAUGUGGUGGAAAGGGACGAUAAGAAGCUCAAUUUUACUUUCAAAGUUUGUAUCUCCAAUGCAAUAAUUAAUCCAUGUUGGGAUAUUAACCAAGUAAAAUGAUAUUAAUACAAUGUUCCAAAAAUAAAAAAAUAUUAUAAGUAAGGGACGUCAUUUAAUCUUUCAUGUAAGACCUUUUAGAAUGCAUACCGUUUUCACUAACACAAUUUUUGUCGACUUUGUCAUGUAAAAAUAAUCGAAUCUCGCUUUAAUG